AUGGCUCAAGCCGCGAAGAGGGUGACUUUGCCCGAACUGCGCAAAAGUGAAGAUGUAAAGCCUGUCAAGAAAACGCCGAUUCAUUAUCCCUUCUGGUUCGGCGGCAGCGCAAGCUGUUUUGCGACUUUCUUCACCCACCCGCUGGAUCUUGUAAAGGUCCGCCUACAAACACAGGCGACUCAUGGCGUACGGUUAAACAUGGUGCAAAUGUUUUCUCAUGUUAUGAAAACUGAUGGUGUACUGGGUCUUUACAAGGGCAUAUCUGCGGCGCAGCUUCGUCAAGGCACAUAUAGCAUGACACGCUUCGGUGUGUACGAAUCGCUAAAAGCCCGCAUGACAACGACCGAUAACAGACCUUCGUUCCUUACACUCGUUGGUAUGGCCUCAGUAUCAGGCUUUCUUGGUGGCUUUGCUGGAAAUCCAGGAGACAUCCUGAACGUGCGUAUGCAACAUGAUGCUGCGCUGCCAAAGGAGAAGAGGCGAGGCUACAAAAAUGCUAUUGACGGUAUCAUACGCAUGUCGCGAGAAGAAGGCGUAGCUAGCCUGUGGAAAGGCGUUUGGCCCAAUUCCUCAAGAGCCGUGCUCAUGACUGUUGGCCAACUGGCGACCUACGAUGGAUUCAAGCGUGUCCUGUUGAACUACACACCUCUUCAGGACAAUCUCACCACGCAUUUCACCGCGUCUUUUCUGGCAGGUUUUGUCGCUACCACGAUCUGUUCGCCAGUAGAUGUUAUCAAGACCAAAGUCAUGAGUUCAAGCGAGAAUGCAGGCCUUGUCAAAACAGUCUCAGAUACGAUGAGGGCUGAGGGAUUCCGCUGGAUGUUCAAGGGCUGGGUACCAAGUUUCAUUCGCGUCGGACCGCAUACUGUACUCACGUUUCUAUUCUUGGAACAACAUAAAAAGGUCUACCGCCAGCUCAAGAGGGUAGAUUAG